AUGACUGACCUCGCAAUGGACAUGCGGAAUUCCACAAUUCUACCUCCUGAGACACCGAAGGUGGCUAAAAGGUCCAGAAUUCCGGUAGCUUCUUAUCAGGAGAUGUCUGAUUUCGACUCCCCGGGAGCCCGUAUGACCCCAAGUGCGAUUCCCGUCAAUCCAACUUCAUCAACCCUAUCUUCAAUCGAACCAGUCUCACCUCUCUCACCUCUCUCAUCCCCCAUCUCUUCGGCGGAUAGCCCUCCCUCUGAAGAUUCAUCACUCCACCUUGACUUGGAUAUCAUUGAAUGUGCCCUGAGUCCAUUUUCUUCAAGCUCUGAAGAUUUGACGAGCUCAUCUCAAGCGUUAUUCAAAGAGCUCGGCUCUGAGAUUGCAGACAUCAUGGAUCUCUACGGUGGAAAGCGGAAGAAAUACGAGUCUGGGGCGACGCUCCGUGCACCUAGCAGCGGUGUCUCCUCUAGGCGCCAGAGCCAAGCGACAAUCACUCAAACCGAAGGACCUCGCGUUGAGAAAGCGAAGCGGCGAAACUCUCUCCCUCCUUCAAAGCAUUUACCAGAGCCGGGAUGGCUGACAAAUGAAGGCGAUGACAAUUAUGAGUCUUCUGACUGGGAGACAUUGCCAGGUGAUGGCGAACCAGCACAUCCUUUCACUUCGGAGGCUGACAAUUUCACUUAUGGUGAUGAUUCUCACUUGUCUGAAACUACGGGCAUUCAAUGGGAACCCUCCCAGAAACGCAGAAAGCACCACAAACGAUGCAAGAGCUGUUCCUCAGGAUUAUCUGAAGGGAGUACUGCCGCAGGCAAUGAUGUUGGCGAGCAGGACAACAUUUCAGCCUCGCCAACAGGUGUCGACGCCAUCCUUGGAAAACCACUCACGUGGACUCAGUUCAUGGACCUUCUGAACGAACCAGGGAUGGAAGCCGUGAACAACGUAUAUGGCGUUAAUCAGAGUCUUACAGCGAUCCGAGAGUCACUGGAAAAGUUCGAUCCAAGCGGACGAAGACUUCUUUCAUAUCCGGAGUUUGCCUCAAUUCUGCGGAGGUCUAUUCUCAUUCCCAGUUCCAACCGUGCAUCUGCUCCGGUAAAUGCACUGCCGACGAGGACGUCAAUUCACGAUGCUUCUCGAGCGAACCAUGCAUCACGCUCAUCAAGUGCACCGCAAGCGAGGGUGUCAGAUUACGGAGUGACAGCGGUGCAACAAACCCAGAGCUUUGCUGUUGACUCUUUUAGUCAAAGGCAAGGACAAGACAUUCACACGAACGCACGAAAAGAAGCUCCAGGGGCCCUGUAUCUUCCCCCCCUUGAUUUCUUGAAACCCGUCAAAUACAGUCCUGGAAAAGUCAAAGACCAUCGAGAUUCAGUUGGUGUUGAAACGGUGCCGGCCCCUGACGACCACCAGGAUCAAAUCAAGCUAAAUGGCAAACAGGCUCUGCUCUCUCCACUACUUGCCGAUCAACCUGCAGAGCCUAUGUUUGACCGACAGAGCGUUCAUGGGCAUGAUGAACAACUGGAAGAUGACUCACAUGCAGAACAAUCAGUCACGGGACGUGAAUCCUCCCUUCAGACCAUCAACGAAGAUGAAGACCCAUUCAACGACACUCAACAAUCCGAUAUUCUACCACCAAUCCCCCCGCGCAAUCCCAAACGGCUGUCUUCAUUCCGCAACUUGAGUGGAUCUUGUCCUUCCAGUUUUCCUCGUGCGCCUACUCCUGAUACGCCUAGCAAAGUACCUCACAAUGCCUCCUCUAGAACAAUCUCAAAUGCAGGACCUUCAGCUGGCUGCGGUAAACUAGAGGGCACUGAGAAAAAGCCGACGGGGACCGUGGCGCAUCGCUCUGUGCAAAGUCUCCGGGAAAGGUGGACUCCAAGACGAUCUGUAUCGGACAGUGUCGUGCCUGUGCGAUCGUCUGCGCGAUCGUCUGCACCGGUUUCUACUCAGCAGUAUCGGCAGACGAGCUCAACCACUGGAAGUUAUAUAGCAGGUGUUGCUACAGGGAGCGCCCAAGAUGCAGUCACACCAAGAACUUCAUCUGCGAAUCCCGCGCAUAAUCAGCAAACAAUGGGACUUUCUUCCUCUCAUGGUCAACCGGGCUCUGGCUACGACCAGCAUGGCAACCAACAAACCGUCGCCGCUGAACCCACCGAGGACAGUGAUGACGAACCCCAGACCGCCCCUUCCCCACCGCCCUCGAAAUUCACCCCCGUGCAGCUCCCCAUCAGUACUAAAGCUAGCCAACUCCUCGUCGGAAACUGGUGGGUCCAGCAAGCCCAAGACCGCGUCAUGGCGGAGCGCGAGCGCAAGCGGCAAGAAGAACAGGAGGCCAGGCGCGCCGCCAAGCGGGAGUCCAUGCAGCGCCUCACCUCAGCCGUCAAGCGAACCACCCAGGGCGUCAAGCGCCGUCUCUCCUUUGCCAACGGCUUCGGUAGCCCGCGGAACAGCUUGGACACUCCGCGGAAGAGCGAAGAGUCGACGGAUGCAUCGCCUAAGCAGCCGGAAGGUGCGACAAGCCCGGUCAACGCGGUGGAUGGCUCAUACCACCCUCCCCGCCGCGUUGACGGCCAAGAAAACCUCCGCGAACCAAAGACACAGCCGCAGGGUCCGGCCUCAGCUACCCCGAGCACUCUUCUCUUCGGAAACACAAGCACUGCGGUCGGUGGAGCCGCUGCAACCUCCCCGCUCCCUUCUAGUCGUAUCCCCCGUCCGGCGUUCUACGUCUCGCCACAGUUCGACAGCACCCUGUUCACCAGUCAACCGCGCAAUAGCUUCCGUCGACAUAUCGGCCCCGAGGCGAUGCGGCGGGCGCAGGUGGGGCGCGGAAUUGAACACCAUGAGAAUCUAGCGACGGCGACGGCGGUCCCGGCUGAGAUGGCAGCGGCCCCAGUGGAGGAGGUACCAGCGCCGGAGCCGCAGCCGGAGAGGGUGUGGCGAGCGUCGCUUGUGGAGAGGGGGUGGAUGGCAGUUGAGGGAACAAUUGUGGAUGAGAGGAAGGUGCCAAGGAAGAAUGAGGAGAGUGAUGAUGCGGAGUCGUUUGAUGCGAGGCGGCAUUGA